AUGGCGACGAUCAUGACGAACGACGAAGGGGAUGAAGAUGGCCACUGCUCUUUCCUUGUGCAGUCCGCCUUAUCUCAGCGUGAGAUGGGAAAGAAGGAGAGGCCAAGUGUGGAAACGGGGGUUGGUUUCGACAGGGGAGGAGGGCAGGAACGAACGGAGAGAGUUAGAGAAGCUGACAGGGGUGGGCAACAACUGGCGAACCCACUUUUUGUCCAUUUCCCCUGA